CCCCCCUGCCCAUCUGAAGUCAAGGCUAAGGCUGGAAUGAUGUGGGCUCCCCGGGCAGGGCUAGGGGUGCCUCUCCUGUGGGCGGGCUGCGGCCACGCGGCCCUCUGAGCCCGUGGGGCGCCGCCCACCAUGUUCGCCAGUCCUGCGGGCACCAGCACCCCGUUCUCCGUCAAGGACAUCCUCAACCUGGAAUUGGAGCAGCGACAGGAGCAGCAACAGGAGGAGGAGGAGGAGCGGAGGCGGCGGAGCCUGGCCGCCAUGGAGCUGCCCGCGCGCCUAGAGGCCAAUCUGCCCCCUGCGUCCUGCAUGCUGGCUGCCUUCAAGCAGGAGGCGUACGGCGGCCCCGAGACCGCCGGCCUCCAGGAGUUGGCUCUGACCGACGGGCUGGGCCCGGCCAAGCACUGUCCGGCCUUCCCAGCUGCCUUCUAUGGCAAGAGCUAUGCGCAUAUGGAGCCGGCCAAGGAACCCAAAGCUGACAAGAAAGAUCUUUGUUCCCUGCAAAAGAACCUGGAGUUGGAGAAAAAGGACUUAGAAGACUCAGAUCGCCCAAGGCAGAGAAAAAGGAGGAAACCUCGGGUUCUGUUCUCUCAGGCCCAAGUCUAUGAACUGGAGAGAAGGUUCAAACAGCAGAAAUACUUGUCGGCUCCGGAAAGAGACCACUUGGCCAGUGUGCUGAAGCUCACCUCCACGCAGGUCAAAAUCUGGUUCCAGAACAGAAGGUAUAAAUGUAAAAGACAGAGACAGGACCAGACUCUGGAGAUGGUGGGCCUCCCCCCUCCCAGGAGAAUAGCUGUGCCAGUAUUGGUGAGAGACGGGAAGCCCUGCCUGGGGGACUCUUCUCCCUACAGCUCCCCCUACAACGUUAGCAUCAACCCGUACAGCUACAAUGCUUACCCAGCCUAUGCCAACUACAGCGGCCCGGCGUGCAACCCUAACUACAACUGCGGUUAUCCUUCGGUACAGACGGUGCAGCCCUCGGCAGCAGCCAACAACUUCGUGAACUUCAGUGUCGGGGACUUGAAUGCAGUGCAAACGCCCAUUCCGCAAAGCAACGCGGGGGUCUCCACUUUGCAUGGGAUCCGGGCCUGGUAGGAAGAGAGGCCUUCGGCUUUCCAGGAGUGGAGAAAGGGAGGGAAGGGGGUCCUAGUGCGGGUUUUCCAGGCUCUCUCGACCCCCAUAGUCCUUCUGCUCCCCACCCCUCCCCCAUUACCCAUCUGACUGAAAAGGUAGGGAGUCUGUGGGCAGCUAGAGUGGGAUGGGAAGUCUAUCGGCUUAAACCUGAGAGCUGCAGCUAAUCUGGACUGCUUGAGAAAAGAGGACCAGGAGGGGCGGGAAAGGAAAGAGGGCCUCGGAGAUUUGUACUGCCCCAGUAACCUGGGACUCUGGACAAAGAGUCGGCACCAAGCUAGUGGCUGUAUGAAUGGGGUCGUCCUUCCUAUAAGAUAAAAAGUGUUCCGGGACUGAAGAGAAUUUCUAUCUAUGCUAUUUGGGCCCGCAACGAUGGAUAGAAAGGAAAAGCCCUCUGCCUGCUGGUGGAGCGCACAGCAGCCAGAACCAAUCUCCAGAAAGAGCUACUGCAACCCCUUUCCCCAAAGCCCGUCUACAGCCCCUGCAGCUUCUGCAAUCCCUUGAACUGCUCUCUCCUACAGCUCCUGGGAGGCUAGCUUAGCUCUCAGGCAGGGGCCAGGGCAUCUGGCUACCAACAGUAUCACUCAGAAAACAUAUAAUCUGUGGCCAGAUUUACAAGCAUCGAGGCUGGGGUCUAUGGAUCCCCUCCCUUCCAACCAAAAUAAGUGCAUAAGAAGGGAGUCAGAGCUCCUCCUUCCUCACUCAUCUAAAAUCAACAGGUUUCUAGAGUCAGAUCCUGGAAGGAGGAGAGAAAGUUGUAUCAGUAUUCUGAAUCCCAGAGUCAUCUUGUUAGAUAACGGAUGCCAUAAUACCCCGAAACAGGUCCCUCAAAAUUUGGCCCUUCCAACUCACUAUCACUCCCACUUCUCAUUCCCCUCCCCCAAAUCAAAGGGACUGCCUCCGAUUUUGGUUUCUGAACUACUGUGUCUGCUGAGCUGGAGAUAUGAGCUCAUCCUCUCUGGCUAGGCUGCUGGCCCUAUUUAAGUGUUUCCUCGUUGUAAGAAAAGAGACCCCAAACCACUCCGCCCCUACCUGUCAUUAAAGAGCGUGAACUAA